CUUUGUAUAUUGCGACCAACUUACUUUGUUCUGUACCUGUCGGAAGUUUUCCAGAGGCAUGGAUGCAUGACAUUGAGAUAUUAUCAUCUCCUGAUCUCCAGCUCAACAGGAAGAAGAAUACCAACGUUGAAGCAAUGUUUAACAAAAUACUCUUUUCUCUUGCUGUUGUUCUUCUGGUCAUUCCCGUGAUGAAGUCACAAACUUGCAAAACGUAUUUUAAAUGCGAAAAGGAACGAGCAGUGAACUUGGUAAAGACACGUUGUGGAAUGAUGGGCGUGUAUGUCCCUCAGUGUAACAAAGACGGACGUUAUUCUCUGAUACAGUGCAAGCCUUCUGGUCACUGUUGCUGUGCUGACCCAUCCACUGGCAGUCUAUCAGGAUGUGUUAAGUCACCACAGAAACCCCAGUGUGUAAAAGAUUUCUCUAACUGUCAAUUUAAACGAGCAGUCGGCUUGACAAGAAACAAAUAUUGUCGAUUUAUUGGCGGAUAUAUCCCUCAAUGUGAGAAAGACGGAAGUUAUUCUUCUGUGCAGUCCAGUCCCAAUGGCUACAGUUGUUGCGCUGAACCUGAAUGUGGCAAACAAUCAGACUGCGUUAGAGCACCAGAAGUCCCACAUUGCAACAAAUAAGAACAGAAACAUACCAAGAAAACAAGACUGAAUUCUAGAUUAAAAGAAUUCUUUGUAGAUUAACUUCUAACCCAGCUUAAACAGUAAUGUGUGGAAUAUAUAUGUUAAGCUUUUAUUAAAAUGUUUUUCUUCGAUA